UUGUUUCUUUAAAUAAAGUUUAUUCAAUUUAAACAAGAUGGUGGCACCCGGUAGCUAGUACAUGUUUGGAUGCAUGGUAAAGAUAUUUUCACAUUGAGGAAAUUCUAAUAAAAAUACACUCUUUUUCCGUGGUAACGAACAGUGAAUAAAUGUCUACGCCAGGCAAGUCAGGCGGCAAAAAGGCCAAAAUAAAAGCUAUUCCACCCAAAACCUCCUUCUCCUGCCCUUUCACACGGCAUUGGAGGCCACUUCCUCAACAAGACAUACAUUUCAUCCUGGCUACCUUAAGAGAAAAACUAACUUCAAUGGGUUUGGAAAAGAAAGAGCCAAAAGUUUUUCGCCCGUGGAAGAAAAAAGGCAGAGGUAAAACUCCCUCAUCUAUGUCAGAUCCUGUCCCAGAGACGAGCAAAGACCUGGAUACGAAAGAUUCUCCUAAGAGUGGCUGGACAGAUGUAGUGGCGAGAAGACAACUAGCUGUGGGCAUCAACGAGGUUACCAAAGCUCUGGAGAGGAACCAACUCAAACUGGUUUUAGUGUGCAAGUCUGUCAAGCCAAAGCACAUGACUCAUCACCUGAUGGCGCUGAGCGCCACAAGAGGAAUCCCUGCCUGCCAGUUGCCCCGGCUAAGCGAAAGUGUGGCGCAACAGCUGGGCCUGAAGAGUGUCCUAGCAUUGGGGUUCAGGAGUGAAGGUUUUACUGACACCGUGGAAGCCAUCAUACCCAAGGUUCCCUCAAUCGAUGUUGCCUGGCUACAAGGUGAGACUGCGAGUGUGGCAUCACAACCAGAGAGAAGCAAGAGAGCGAGCCAGAAAAGAAAGUUGGACCCAGAGUGUGAAGAGUCUGCCUCAUCCUUCACACUGCACCCACUUACAGUGAAAAGAAUAGUUCCCAACCCUGCAAACAAAAAGCUGAAAGCAAAGAGAGGCAAAUAAAUUCCUAUAAGUCUGUUUGUCGCCAUUUUGCCGUUUGUGUCAGGGUAGAAGUCUUUUUUGUUAGCCCACACAAGUAUGGUGAAAAAAUACUACUUUUGAUACCUUAAUCAAAAGCAGAACAUUGUGUGUUGUGUUUGUGUCAAUAAUACAGGAGAUCAGCAGGUGUGUUAGAAGGUGGAAAAAUGCCAGCACUGUGUGAAAGGAGUAUUUCUCCAAAAGGCUGAAAAUUGCAGAGUCAACAUUGUCCUCCCCAUCCAGUUUUGGUGCCAUUUAUACUUAACAGUAACAGGAAUAGAGACCACACAAACAUAGUAUGGUGGAAAAUACAUAUUUGGAUUCUGUAUUCAAAAGCAGAAUAAUAACAAGUUUCAAUGAAGGGGUCAUGAGCUACCACACCAAAGUGUCAAAUAAAAUUUGCUUCAAUUUUUAUAUUUAUAACUGUUAAAUUCAGAGGUUAAACAGAUAAUCUCCAAUGUUAUUUUUUCAUUUGAAACCCCAACAAAGAAGUUAGGGUAUGACUUUAAACUAUGACUGGCGAUGAUGUAUUUUGCGAUUUUCAAGCAACACCAAAACUUUUCUGUGAGGGGUAACACAUGUAAAAAAAAAAUGCUCCUUGAUGAUUUUGUAAAGUGAAUUUAUUCAAAUGUCCAUGCUGGUAUAGGCGGUGUGUGCAUUGAAACAUAUUAUUUGCAUGGGCUCAUGUUGUGUAAAUGAUGCUGGUACACGUCCUUCCAUCUCACAUCUUACAAUGGAUUUGAAUAAAAAUAUUGACCUUCA